UCCGCUCCCCUCUUUCCUGCUGCACGAAUGCAUUACUUUUCUCUCUUGCUGCUACGUGGCGCGCCGACGUGUUCCAGGGCCGUGUACCGCGAGGCCGACCUCUACCUCCUCGACGACCCGCUAUCGGCCGUCGACACGCACGUCGGCAAGCACCUGUUCGACGAGUGCAUCGUCAAGCUGCUCGCCGACAAGGCCAGGAUCCUCGUCACGCACCAGGUCCAGUACCUGGCUGACGUCUCCCGCAUCGCCAUCCUCAGCAACGGCGAGAUCCAGAUGCAGGGCACCUUCAAGGAGCUCCUCAACAGCGACGUGGACUACGCACAGAUGCUGCACCUCGGCGACGAGGAGGAGGAGGCCGAGGAGGAGGUGGAGCAGGACAAGCGGCCGCUGAUGCGCGCGCUGCGCCAGCUGUCCAGGGUGUCCAUGCGGUCCAUCGAGGUGCAGGGCAGCCGCUCGUCGCGGCGGUCGUCCUCGCGGCGGUCCUCGCGCGCCUCGGUCGGCAGCCUGACGCUGGGCGACGAGGACGACGAGGACGAGGAGGGCGCGCCCACCAUGGAGCGCAUCGAGGCCACGACCAAGGGCAAGGUCAGGGGCAGCCUGUUCCUGCGCUACUUCCUGGCCGGCACCAACGCCCUCGGCUUCAUCGUCGUCAUCUUCCUCUUCCUGGCCGCGCAGACCGCCGGCAGCCUCGCGGACUUCUUCGUCGGCUUCUGGACGAACCAGGAAGAGCUCCGCGAUUACUUCACCUCGUCGAGGAACGUGACGUCCCCGUCGUCGCCAGAGCCGCUCACGUCGACGAACAACUUCAUCUACAUCUACACGGCCAUCAUCGUGUGCCUGUUCGUGCUCGGCUUCACGAGGUCCUUCUUCUUCUACUGGGUGUGCAGCCGCAGCUCCCAGGCCCUGCACGACAACAUGUUCGCCAACAUCAUCCGCGCCACCAUGCACUUCUUCAACACCAACCCCUCCG